UUUGAUGAUGUUUGUUCACAGGUGCUAUCGAAUGAUAUCGAUCUCCUUAACCCACCGGCGGAGCUCGAGAAGAGGAAGCACAAACUCAAGCGCCUCGUCCAAUCCCCAAACUCUUUCUUCAUGGAUGUGAAGUGUCAGGGUUGCUUCAACAUAACCACCGUGUUCAGCCACUCUCAGACGGUGGUGGUGUGCGGCAACUGCCAGACUGUGCUCUGCCAACCCACCGGAGGACGCGCUAGGCUUACGGAGGGAUGCUCCUUCAGAAGGAAGGGUGAUUGAAUCUACUUUUUUGAUGGGGUAUUCUUAAGAUAGUGGAAAUUGGAAUUUUUGGUUUUUAAUUUAUCUGCCCGUUUUAAAGUUUCAUUUGGACUUGUUGACGAGUUACUGUUUUGUUUCGUUAUGUCAUCUAGGGGUUUUAUUAUUGGAUAAUCGCAAUUGGAUUUAUUUAAGUUCUCCCUUUUGCUUCCUUAAUUCAUGCGAUAUUUUUCC